CACUCCCCCCACCCCUCACGACGGCUGCGGGAAGGCGCCCAGCCCGCCGCGGAUGGGCAUCGUGGAGCCCGGCUGCGGAGACAUGCUGACCGGCGCCGAGCCGAUGCCGAGUGACGAGGGCCGGGGUCCCGGAGCCGAGCAACAGCUUCGCUUCUUCUACCCGGAGCCCGGCGCGCAGGAGCCCUCCACCGAGCGCCACCACGGAGGUGGCGGCCUGGGGACGCCCUACUCCGGGGGAGCCCUGGUGCCCGCCGCGCCCGGACGCUUCCUCGGAGCCUACGCCUACCCUCCCCGGGCCCAGGCGGCCGGCUUCCCCGGGGCCGGAGAGCCCUUCCCGCCGCCCGCGGCCGCCGAGGGUUACCCGGCCGGAGAUGGCUACGCCGCCCCGGACCCGCGCGCCGGGCUCUACCCGGGCCCCCGCGAGGACUACGCGCUGCCCGCGGGGCUGGAGGUGUCGGGGAAGCUGAGGGUGGCGCUCAGCAACCACCUGUUGUGGUCCAAGUUCAACCAGCACCAGACGGAGAUGAUCAUCACCAAGCAGGGGAGGCGAAUGUUCCCAUUCCUCUCGUUCACCGUGGCCGGGCUGGAGCCCACGAGCCAUUACAGGAUGUUUGUGGAUGUGGUCUUGGUGGACCAGCACCACUGGCGGUACCAGAGCGGCAAGUGGGUGCAGUGUGGCAAGGCAGAAGGCAGCAUGCCAGGGAACCGCUUGUACGUCCACCCAGACUCCCCCAACACCGGAGCCCACUGGAUGCGCCAGGAAGUUUCAUUUGGGAAACUAAAGCUCACCAACAACAAGGGGGCUUCCAACAAUGUGACCCAGAUGAUCGUCCUGCAGUCCCUCCACAAGUACCAGCCCCGGCUACACAUCGUGGAGAUGAACGACGGAGAGACAGAGGCCACCUGCAACGCCUCCAACACUCACGUCUUCACUUUCCAAGAGACCCAGUUCAUUGCGGUGACUGCCUACCAGAACGCUGAGAUCACUCAGCUGAAAAUCGACAACAAUCCCUUUGCCAAAGGCUUCCGGGAGAACUUUGAGUCCAUGUAUACAUCUGUUGACACCGGCGUCCCCUCCCCACCCGGACCCAACUGUCAACUCCUUGGGGGAGACCCUUACUCACCUCUUCUGUCCAGCCCUGUUCCCAGCCGCUUCUACCCUGACCUUUCCGGCCAGCCCAAGGAUGUGGUGUCACAACCUUACUGGCUGGGCACGCCUCGGGAACACAGUUACGAGGCUGAGUUCCGAGCAGUGAGCAUGAAGCCCUCGUUCCUGCCCUCUGCCUCCGGGCCCACUGUGUCCUACUACCGAGGCCAAGAAGUCCUGGCACCAGGAGCUGGUUGGCCUGUGGCCCCUCAGUACCCUCCUAAGAUGAGCCCGGCUGGCUGGUUCCGUCCCAUGCGAACUCUGCCCAUGGACGCUGGCCUGGGGGUCACAGAUGGAAGGGGGCCAGAGGAACAGGGCUCCCUGUCACUGUGGACUGAGGUCCCCUCCCUCAGGCCGGAGCCCAGCGACUCGGGACUAGGCGAAGGGGAGUCAAAGAGGAGGAGGAUAUCUCCCUACCCUUCCAGCGGAGACAGCUCCUCUCCUGCCGGGGCCCCCUCGCCCUUUGAUAAGGAAACCGAAGGCCAGUUUUAUAACUAUUUUCCCAACUGAGAAGAUGCCACAGAAUCGGAAGGCGCCAACUAAUUUAGAAAACAGACACGGGGCCGAGAAGCCCCGAGCUCUCGCCAUCCCUUCCCUGUGCGGUGAUUGGUUGGGGAAGGAGAGGGGCAAGAAGGAUCCUGGGGUUCCCUUGCUGUUUCCUGGCCCACUAGGAAAUGUGACAGGAGUGUCCCCUGUCCCUUCCUCUGCCCAAAUCACAGUCAUGUACCUGGUGCUGCUUUUGACCGAUGGUUCCCUAGAGAAUGGACUCCAGAAAGUUUUGGACCCAGUUUUGGACUUCAUGGCUUCUGGCCGGGUGGAAAGGUCAGGGAAGCUUCCGGGACUGAAGACCUGUCCUCUUCUUCAACUGUUGGUCUCUCACCUGAACUGUUAAUCUCUGACCUGAAAGUAAAGAUACCUACAUGCAUUUUCAUAACAGCCAACCAACCAGAGACGCUCAGGUGAUCUGGGGUGGACUGGGCCCACCUGCCUGUCAGGAGGCAGAAGAGUGGGUGCAGAGGAAGGGGUCGGUGGGGUGCUCAUCUCCCUGCGCGAGGUCACUUCAAACCCGUGUGUGUACACACACGCUCUGUUUCUUUCUUUUUUAAGUUUCUUUGGGAGGGGGAGGCUAUUUAUUGUGGAGAGAGUGGUCUCUUGUUUUCCUCACUUUCCGAAAUAAACAUGGAACCGGU